AUGCCCCCUUUAUUUGUUCGAUUACUUCUGAGGUCUGAUGUUAAUCUGUUCUUAAACUUUUGUGGUCUCGGGGAGUUAUGGGAGGUUCUUCAAAAUGAUAUUGAUUUGCUAAAUCCUCCAGCUGAGCUUGAGAAGAGGAAACACAAACUCAAGCGUCUUGUUCAGUCACCAAACUCUUUCUUCAUGGAUGUUAAGUGUCAGGGUUGCUUUAACAUAACGACGGUGUUCAGCCAUUCCCAGACUGUUGUUGUGUGCGGAAACUGCCAGACUGUCUUGUGCCAACCAACUGGUGGACGGGCUAGGUUAACUGAGGGAUGCUCCUUUAGGAAGAAGGGAGAUUGA